AUGGUUACAACAUUAAAGAAAGGUAGUGAUUACGUUUCCAAAGCGAAAAACUACGUCAAGAAUUGGUAUCAUAAAGCUCUCGAUUAUACUAUAGGUACUAUAGAAAGAACUUUAAUUUCUAUAGGAAUCAUAACUUGUCUGGCUAUUAUUAUUCUUAUUGGAAUUUGCGUGUGCAAAUUUUAUUGUGGUCCUUUGCCUAUUCCUGUUAUGUAUCUUAGAGCUAACAGAGAAGCACAGGUACCACUAGAACCACCGCAAUAUGAUGAUUUAAUUGAUAUUGUAUCACAACAAAAUCAACGCAUUCCUCGAAAUGUUAUGAAAGAAUACUAUCCCAGUAUCAUAACCUUCAUUCCUUUAGCUUUACCUCUAGUAUGUAGUAUCAACGUAAACAAUACUCAGAACGUUGAGUUACCUCUUGUCUAUAUAACGAUAGACAAUAAACUAGUUUUAACGUUAUGGGACUCCGGUUCUUCCGUAUCUUAUUUGAGAGAAUCUACUCUGGCUUAUUUAGGUAUUACUGAGUAUAAAAGUAAGAAACGUAUAGCAACCACAGCUAACGGCACUACUUUUGAACUCUUAGGAAAU